AUGGUUAUUCAAAAAAUUAUUGAAUCUUUUAACAUUAAAGACUAUCUCAUUAUCUUCGUCCUAAUCUUGAUUACAUAUAUUUUUAACUUUUAUUAUAAAUAUUUAACUCGUCCUAAUCCACUCCCUAGUCCAUUACCUUUACCAUUCAUUGGAAACCUUCAUAACAUCGCAUAUGAUUUGAAACUGUUUUAUGAUAAAUGUGGAUCUGAAUAUGGAGAUAUUUGUGAAAUAAUGGUUGAGGGGCGUAGAUAUAUCAUUCUCUCGCGACCUGAAUAUAUUGAAAAAUUUAUGUCUCAAAAAUUCUUAGCAAAGUUCCCAUAUUCGCAAGGUUUAGACGAAAUUGGAUUGUACGGACGUGGAAUCCUUUGCAAUGAUGUUUGUAAGAGUUGGAAGUAUAAUAGGCAAUUCUUUACUCAGGCAUUAUUAACACCUAAAUUUAUGGAUAUUGCCGUAAAAUCUACAAAUAAAUUGUUUAAAGAAUUGUGCGAAUACUGGGAGUCUCUUGGAAAGAAAAAUUCUUUAAAUGACAAUGAUAAUAAUUGGGCUUUAGAAGCUGAUUUUUCUAAAUGGUUUCACGCAUUUACAAAUGAUAUUAUUUCAAUAAUAGCUACUGGAGAACGUACGUUUUCGAUUGCUUCUUACUAUAAUAUGCAAAGUAACGUCAAGUCUGAACAUUCCGAUGCGCUGGUCGAAAAUGGUGAUAAGCUCGUCAAAGCAUUAAUAAAAUAUGUUGAAAGUCUUGCAUUCUUUAUGUUUGUUGGCCCAUUAUUGAGACAUUACGUUCCAGUAAUUAAAAAUAUGGCAAAUUCUUACUUAAAAAACCGCGAUUAUAUACAUGAAAAAUUUGAGCAAAUAAUUAAAAAGAGAAGAAAAGAGAUUGAAAAAAUGCCAGUAGGUACAGAAAUGAAGACUGAUAUGUUAACUUCCUUGAUAAUUGCAAACACCGAAAAGGAUAUAGCUAAUAUAAAAACAGUAGAUAGUGAGGCACUUGAACCUAUGGCUGAUGAAGAGAUCAGAAAUAAUUUGAUAGAAGCUUUAGCGGCUGGAACAGAUACUACUGCCAACUUAUUUUGCUAUAUAACCUAUUAUAUUUGUAAGCAUCCAAAUGUAAAACAAAAAAUGAUUUCAGAAAUUGACUUAGUCUUCUCGCAAUCCCUUAAUAAAUACUACCUAUCAAGUGAUGAUCUCUCAAAACUAAAAUAUUGUGAGGCCAUAAUCAAAGAAACUAGUCGUAUGAUUCCGGUUACAAAUUUUUUAAUUCGCCACAUUAAUGAGGAGUAUGAAGUUGCAGGUUAUAAAUGGGCUGCUGGUACAUCGUUUCACCUAAAUAUUACGGGGGUACAUGGCCACCCUGAUGUUUGGCCUAAUCCUAAAGUCUUCGAUCCGGAUAGGUUUUAUAAUAGUGAUCAAGGUGAUAAAAAAGCUGAAAAUAAAUAUUCUUUGAUAACUUUUGGUGGUGGUCCACGAAUCUGUCCCGGAAGGAAAUUGGCAAUGUGUGAACUACUUUUAUUAAUGGCAUUAGUUUAUAGGUAUUAUAAUGUUGCGUUAGUAAAUAUGCAUGAACCAUUAAAAAUUGUUACCUCAACAACUAAUAAUGUCCAAGAUUUAAAAAUCGAAGGAU